AUGGAUGGUUUUGAGACGAAAGGUAACGUUGUGAAUGAUUUGGUACUUCUUUCGUCUGUCACGCACGAUGACAUCGUCAAUACUUUGCGUGAUCGAUUCAAAAAAGGUCAAAUUUAUACUUACAUUGGUGAGGUAUUGUUAGCUGUAAAUCCUUAUCGAUAUUUACCCAUCUAUGGAACUGAUAUGAUACGUAAGUAUAAAGGACAUGAAAUUUACGAACGUUCACCACAUGUAUUUGCCAUCGCUGACGUAACGUACCGAUCGAUGAAAUGGCAUGAGCAUGACGUUUGCAUUGUCAUUUCAGGUGAAUCCGGUGCUGGCAAAACAGAAACAAGCAAAAUAAUCAUGCGUUAUUUAGCUGCCAUUACCAAUGCAGAAAAGCAACAUGAAAUUGAGAAGGUCAAAAAUAUCUUCCUCCGGUCAACAGCUCUUCUCGAAUCGUUAGGAUGUGCAAUGACCAAUAGAAAUGAUAAUUCAAGCCGUUUCGGCAAAUACAUGCAUAUAAACUUCAAUUUUCAAGGCGAUCCAUUUGGUGGUCAUAUCAGCAGUUAUCUGCUAGAAAAGUCACGUGUCGUUCGCCAGCAAAGCGGUGAACGUAAUUUUCACAUUUUUUAUCAACUUUUGGCCGGAUUAGACAAUGAUCACUUGCAUACGUUACAUUUACAACGUGAUCCUCUGAAGUACUUUUAUCUAAGUCAAGGUCAAACAAUUGUGGCAAACACAAUCGAUGAUAUCAGUUGUUUUAAUGAGGCAUUGCAAGCAAUGAGAGCAAUUGAGACAUUUGGGCCAAAUUCUGAACAACAGAUAUGGAACAUUUUGGCAAGCAUUUUAUUGUUGGGUAAUCUUAAUUUUACUGGAAAUGAAACAAAUUUCGAUGAAAGUUUCGUUAAAGAUCAUCAUGAACUUGAAAUUUGUGCCGAUAUAUUACAAGUAGCAAGUGAAGAGCUUGAGAGAGCAUUAUGCACACAGGUGGUUGCAGCUAAAGGAGAUGUCGUCGCAAAGUGCCAUGAUGUUAGCGCAGCUGAGUAUACAAGAGAUGCGCUUGCUAAAGCAAUUUAUGAGAGAUUAUUUACUUGGGUUAUCGGAAAAGUUAAUCAAGCAAUCAACGUUGAAAGAAAUGAUUAUGCAAGAAAAAAUGCUGUUAUUGGAGUGCUUGACAUUUAUGGUUUUGAAAUAUUUACUAUAAAUAGUUUCGAACAGUUUUGCAUCAAUUACUGCAACGAAAAAUUACAACAACUUUUCAUUGAAUUGGUGCUAAAUCAAGAACAGGAAGAGUAUAAACGUGAAGGAAUUGAAUGGCAACAAAUUCAAUUUUUUAACAACAAAGAAAUUUGUGAUUUGGUUGAAAUACCUCGUACAGGAAUUUUGGCCUUACUUGAUGAGGCGUGUUAUACGAUUGGCCCGAUCAGUGAUACGAUUUUUUUGGCUGAAAUGGACAAAAUAUUAAAUAAGAAUAAGUAUUACACGAGCCGUCGCAAUAAUCCGGUAUUACGAGAAAUAUUUCCGGAUGGAGCAAAAUCCGUAACGGAAGUUAAUAAGAAACCAUUAACUGCUGGCACAAUAUUCAAGAAUUCGAUGUCGGAUUUGGUGCAACAACUUUCAGCCAAGGAACCUCAUUAUAUUCGUUGCAUCAAACCAAAUGAAAUCAAAUCGAGUACUUCUUUUGAUACAAUAGAUGUUGGACAUCAGAUUCGAUAUUUGGGAUUAUUGGAAAAUGUACGUGUACGACGAGCAGGUUUUGCAUACAGAAUUACGUAUGAGAGAUUCCUACAAAGAUAUAAAAUGCUUUCAACGAGAACUUGGCCAAAUCCAUCUAAAGGCCUAGCAAGAGAAAAUACGAAUUUAUUAUUGGAGAAGUUUGAUUUACACAAAGAUUGUGUCAAUGGCAAAACAAAAUUAUUCAUUCAUAGCCCACGAACAGUGUUCAAAUUGGAGGAUUUACGUCAACAAAAACUGCCGGAUAUCGUUAUAAUAUUACAGAGGCAUUGGAGAGGAACGCUUGGUAGGCAUCGCUUUAAGCGCAUAAAACAAAUAUACGCCAUCAUGUAUUGCUAUCAAAAAUACAAGCUGCGAAAUUAUCUGAUGACACUGGUAGAACGUUUCCGUGAUGUGGAAAAGAGGAGCGACUUUGGUAGUGGCAUUCAAUGGCCGAUUGCGCCGAGUGGUUUUGAAAGUUUUGGUAGCAAAUUAAAACAAACAUACACCAUUUGGCGUGCAAACAAAAUUGUUGAUCGAAUGCCAUUGGUGUUGAAGAAAUCACUGAAGGAAAAAGUGGCUGCCUUUCAUGCUGUUGAGAAUAAACGUUCCGAAUGGGGUUAUUUACGAUCAUGGGAAGGAGAUUAUUUAAAUAUGGAUGAUGAGAUUAAAUCACCCAGUCAAAGGCAUGAUUAUCUUCUGGAGCUGGAUAAUAUACGACGAAAUAGCAAUUUUUCCAAAAUUCUCUUCUCCUCCUACAUUCAGGUACAAUUUCAGGACUGUUUACCUGACUUCAAUUUCAGGCUUAUUUUACCUGGUUGUCUGUUUGAAAUAAGUAAAAUAAUUAUUCUGAACAAUAUUUUACAGCUUACUGGUGUCAGUGUAUCAAAAGAAAGUGAUAAUACGCUAAUCUUUCAUCUUGGUAACAAUGAUUUUAUUGGUUGUCUGUACAAUCACAAAAAUGAGGAUCGUGUUGGUGAAGUGAUCGGAGUUUUGUGUGCUCAUUUUGAGAGGAAAUUUAAUAAAAAAUUGAAAGUAACAGUUGGAGAAUUACAAUGUACGCUUGGUUCCAAAGGACGUUCAAUUCGUAUUCGUCUUAGUGAUAAGGUCACUGAUGGACAUUCGACAUUUCGAAAACAUGGCAGCACUCAAAUCGAGCUGACCUGUCCUGUAGCAUCUGCCUAA